AGACGCAUGUAAACAAUUUGUGUUUUGCUUCUCUAGAGUUUUUUAGUUUCAAGUCAAAAUGGGUGAACGCAAAGGACAAAAUAAAUAUUAUCCGCCUGACUAUGAUCCAAAAAAGGGCGGACUCAAUAAAUUUCGCGGCACACAUGCGCUGCGGGAGCGUGCACGCAAAAUCCACCUGGGCAUCAUCAUCAUCCGCUUUGAGAUGCCCUACAAUAUCUGGUGCGAUGGCUGUAAGAAUCACAUUGGCAUGGGCGUGCGCUACAAUGCAGAGAAGACGAAGGUGGGCAUGUACUACACAACGCCCAUCUACAAAUUUCGCAUGAAAUGCCAUUUGUGCGACAAUCACUUCGAGAUCCAAACGGAUCCUGGAAAUCUGGAUUAUGUGAUACUAUCGGGCGCACGACGGCAAGAAAAUCGCUGGGAUCCGUUGCAGAACGAACAGGUGGUGCCCGAAACCAAAGAGGUGCAGAAGCGGCUCUUCGAUGAUGCCAUGUACAAGCUGGAGCAUCAGGCCAAGGAUGUCCAGGCGGCUGUGAAUGCAAAGCCAAUGCUCCAGAAGAUCGUUGAACGCAACCAAAGCGUCUGGGAUGACAACUAUGUGGCCAACUACAAGUUGCGUGCCACAUUUCGGGAGCAAAAGAAGGAGCUGAAAGGACAGCAGGAAAUCGAUCGACAGCUUCUGGCGAAGAGCAGCCUGGACAUAGCUUUGCUGCCAGAGACCCAACAAGAUCGUGAUAUGGCCGCUCUGAUGAAGUUGCAGACGCGCAGCGCUUUAGAGCGUGAGUCGGAGCAGCGUCUGGAUUUGCUGAUGAGACCAGCGUUGCCAGGUGCGACGAGCACAACCUUUGGUGGCUUGAAGCGGCAAAAAGCGCUGAGCACACAACUGCAACUACAGGAUUUGGGCAUCAAGCGGAAGGAAAAGUCGAAGUUGACGGGGACAACAGGUGGAGAAGUAGAAUCAAAUAGAAAAGCAGGAUUUAAAGAAGCAACUGAUGCAAAGGCAGCAAGAGAGCCAACGACUGCAACAAUGGAAACGAAAGAGGCGACAGAAGCAGAAACUGGAACGAAUGAAACGAUUGGAAUGCGGACUACUUCAGCAAAUGGGAGAGCCAGCUCAGAAGCAGGUACAGCCAGUUUACCAACUGGAGCAGGCGACAAAGGAGAAACGGCAGCAAUUGCAAAUGAAUGUGGCACAUCCACUCAACCCCUAGAAGUAGCACCUAGCGCACUCAGCCUGGUCUGCGGUUAUGCCAGUUCCAAUGGCAACAGUUCAGUUCAACAGAUUCAAAUGAUUAACAAAAAGCUGCAUUAAGCCGCACACAAGAAAUUGAA